CUGAGUUGUGGUCGGCCGCGGGAUAAGUGAUAAGACCCGAAUCUUGUUGGGAAAGUUGUGGUUUGCAGCAAGUCAGAUCUCCGCUAAUCUAAUCGGAUCUUUUUCGCUCUCUAGUUUCUUAUCUUGCACACAUUUUUAAUCACUAUUUGAGUCUGUGUAUCAUGUAAGCUUCAGUCAAGAUGUGAUCGUGGAAAAGGUCUCUCGAAUAAAUGGAAACUGCUACGCAGAUUUGCGUGCAGAUCCACCGUGUUAUCAUUUCGUGAAAAUCUCUCAAUCUCCUCAAUUUUAAGUAUUUGUCAUCUGUGAAAUUUAUUCAAGAAAUAUGGAACUGCCUGAUGUGUUCUACAACAAGCCGAGCUAUGUUGAAAUGGCUUCGGGCAACAAAGUCAGUCGACAGACUCUGCUGUGUGGAUCACAAAAUAUUGUUCUCAGCGGAAAAGUCAUCAUCCAAAAAGGGGCUAUAAUGAGAGGUGAUCUAGCUAAUGUUAGAACUGGUCGAUACUGUAUUUUAAGCGAGAACUCUGUGCUACGACCACCAUUCAAAAAAUUAACUAAAGGGGUUGCCUUCUUCCCUCUGCACGUUGGUGAUCACGUAUUCAUUGGAGAAAAUUCUGUAGUCAAUGCCCUUCAAGUCGGAUCAUGCACGUAUAUUGGGAAGAACUGUGUUGUUGGUCGGAAUUGCGUAUUGAAAGACUGUUGUUACGUUGAAGACAAUACAGUAUUGGCUCCAGACACAGUGGUCUCCUCGUUUACAAAGUACGGUGGAUCUCCAGGCAAAUGCGUAGCGGAACUCCCUGAAUGUAUGCAAGAACUCAUGACUGAUUUCACCGUGAAUUAUUAUAAACAUUUUGUACCAGAAAAAAUCUAAAAUCGGGACAGGAAACUUUCUUGUCAAUGAUUUCUCUUAAAGAUCACCAAUGAUGGGCUCUGGGCCUUGCUGCUAUUUUUUAAGAACAAAAAAAUGAGGAGUGCAGACAUUACCUAUGUUUAAGUGGAAUUUACAAGUGCAAAAUGUCAUUUCGCUUCUAAAAAAUGUCUAGGCUUUAUAUUGCUUGAUUAGCUUUUAACUGUAAGUCUAACUAUCCAGGUAUCCAUGAUUUCCAGCGAAGAAAUAAAAGUUAGGUCAACAUUCUCUUGUACAUAGCGACAAGAGAAUCCAGAUCACCUAUCCAUUAGUCAUUGAUUAAAAGCAUAAAUCUAAACAAGGCAAAUUCUAUUUGUUAGGCAGUGAUGUUAUUUCGAACUCUAAUUUGAAGUCAUAAGUCUCGUUAGAAAGUCGGUGACUUUCUGAAGUUUCUACCUGAGUUUUUGGUGUUGCUGGCAAGUGCCUUGCAGAUGUUGGAAGCCACUGUCUAACAAGUAGAAUUUAUCAAUAGGUGUUAAUUGAGUCAAUGAUCAGGUUUUGAUGUACAGAAAGUUUUAACUUUUUGGCAGUAAAGUUACUUCAGUGUUGCCCAAAUUAUAUCGGUUUUCUCCACAACCAUUUAAUAGCUUUUUGACGCAGAAAACUUUGAGACCAAUGCUGAAAGCUAUUGUCAAAAAGAUGAAAUUUUUACUAUUUUCUCAAUUGAUUCUUAUAAAAGAAUUUAAAAACUAUUCAUCAUCAACAAACCUGUUCAUAAAAUACAGUAUUUAUGAGGUUUUGAGAAAUUAAAAGCUAAUCAACAGAGUAGAAAUUCACUCCCAGCAACCAAAAGAUGAACAUCGUCAUGAUUUUUAAUCAGCAUCUUUUCUUACGGAGCAAAACUGCCGAAUUUUCUUUGGUGGGUUGUUUUUAAUGAAUUUUUACCAAGCAAUGAACUAUAUUACAAAUCCAUUAAUGUCAUUACUCACCUGCCUCACAGCAUUACAUUGAUAAAUUUAGUCCAAAAGAGUCGUGCAAUUAAUGUGUCACACUUAAUGAAAUCUUCAUCCUACAAAGUGAAAAAAAAAAAAUGAACAGUACUCAAAGCAUCCUGUCAUCUAAAUUGACCACAAUUUUAAUACAUCAGCGCAAUGGAUCAGUUCUGCUGAUCACAGAAUCGUGUUUUGAUGCUUAAUUCUAGCAGAUCAACAAAAAAGAAUAAGAUCUGUCCAAACAGCAACUUUCUACGUUGAAUAUUAACCGAGAUAUCGUGCCUUGAAAAAUGAAUUUAUGAAGUCAUCCACCGCAGUAGUACAUACCAUAUUAUGCACUACCCGGGUGGAUGACGUCCAAAACCUGACUUUUCAAAGGAUGAUGUCUUGGUUAAUGUUUAACGUAGCAAGUCGCUGUUCGGAUAGAUCUCCUUAUUUUAAGCUAAUCUGCAAGAAUCAAGCAUCAAAACAGGAUUCUGCUACCAGCGCAAUUGGCCGUUAUCGGAAACACACUCAAGUUUGGAUACAACUUACAUUCUCCCUUUAUUUGCUCUGAGAUGCAGGUUUUUUUUCUUGGAAAAAUCUACUAGUUUGGCAGUAAUGAUGCUCAGUUUUCUGCCAGCCACUCCAAUUUUUGACCCAUUGGUGGAAGCUAUUGUCAAACUGAUAAAUUUUUCACCAAAAUUUUCAUCAUCUCUCUUUUAUGAAUGAAAGUCCUAAAGACAAUAUCACAUAGUGAGAAUUUUUCCAAACUUUUUGUAUAGCACAAGAUUCAUUAUACAUUGAAAAGGCAUCGUGGAAAGAAAAAUAUGAAAGAUAGCUUUAUAAGGAGUUCUUCAUAAACUGAUGAUUCAGGGGAGUGUUUCCUCUAAAUUCAAAAUAACUUUUCAGUUUGUAUACUGCACUAGUGCACUCUAUAAAAUAUCUACAAAACUAGGUAUGUAGGAUUUGAAGCCUUUGCAAAAAACGAAGUCUACUUAUCCUCAAUAGCGAAUAAUCAUAAAUGGAUUAGGCAGCUUUAAUCAACUUCAGAUACUUUAUUGUGUUUGGUUUUUGUAUUUACGAAUGCCUUUUUCACAUUUUGUAUUUGUGUAAAACUUGCUUAACCUAACUCUUUGGCAUGGCUGUGUCUUUAAAUCAGCCUUCAAUUGUAUUUAUAUUCCGUAACUUGAUUGAUGAGGGAUCAUCAUUGUAUAUAUUCUACAUAUUAAUAACAUUGUAAUAAAAAUAUAUUUUUGGAUUUAGGAAUCUUCUAUUACCCUUUUCAUUUGUAUGCUAGAAUUGUUAGUGUAAAACUUUCUUAAAACAACUAGUUGGUAAGGCCAUAUUUUCCAAUGUGACCAAAUAUGUGUAACUUGAUUGAUAAGAGAUCAUCAUUGUAUGUCAUGUUUGUACCAUAAAUAUAAAUUUCAUUCAAUGUGUUGUUAACUUUAUUACGUUUGAUCCAGUCCUCAUUAAAAAUUGGUGUUUUGUCUUUUUUCAUGUUAAUUAUUUAUCCUCAGAUUGCAGUAGCUCUGUAGUUUUAAGUAUCAACUAUUUGUAUUUCCUUGUUUUAAGUACAUAAAUUAAUUUGACACACCUCUUAUCAAUUUUAUACUCUGUACUCUCUCAGUUACAAUUGUUAAGAAAAUUAAUCGAAGAUUUUUUAUUUCAUUUUUUUUUUACUUUUGUUUUUUCAAGAUCCUUUCUUUUCAAUUUCCUUUUUUUCUUCAAACAUUCGCUUUCAAACAUAACAAAGUUUUUUCAUCUAAUAGCCUUCUAACAUAUGUAAUCAUAAACUUUGCACCUAACAGAAAAAAUAUGUACAGACAUGUUAUGAAAUGUACUUUUUUAUUAUUAUCACUUAUCAAUAGCAUAAAUUUACCGUAUGUUUACUAUUUUUGUGCCCAAGCAGACUAUUAAAUCCCUGGUGGCUGGAAUCUCUUCAAAUUGAAUCACCAAAAGAAUUUUUUUUUUUUGUUCGGUACAGAAUUAGAAGGGAGGAAAAUCCUAGCUAAUUCUUAAUUUUUUGUCAUUUGUCUCAAUGGAUUUUCUGUAAUUAAAUAUGUUAUUGAAAAGAAAAUCAGGAUCAUUGCUUCAAUACAACCAGCAAUUCCCUACACCAUGGAAUUUGACUGAUAAAAGAUCGUGUUUUGUGAAUUAUUCAAAUUAAUAUUCAUUUGAUUUUUGGAGCCUCAACUUUUAUUUCCAGCUUUAAGGGGAUAUUUUGCUCAUCCUCUAUAAAUCCAGUGCUAUCUCUGUUGUUAACUAAUUAUUUGCAAAACGUUAUAUUUUUAUAGUUGUAUGUGCCUACUCAAAGUUUUUUUGUCUGACGAUCAAACUUGUUAAUCAUUUUCCAACUUCCUUUUUUAAAAAUAAAAACAGGUACUUAAACAUUGAUUAGCAAAA